GCAUAGGGCAUUCCAAAUCCUCAGUUGAAGUAACGUACACUAGGAACUCAAAUACACAGAUAUUUUGUAACAAUAAAACAAAAAAAAAAAAGUCCAGGACAUUUAGCUGCACAAUGAGUGGUUCGGGCAACGAUCGUUUUGAGAGCUUCAAUGAGACCGUCCGGAUAAAGAAGUCGAUUUGUCAAGUGCUUGAGGACCAGUUCAAGCAAUGCCAAGACGGGAAGCUACCAGUUUCGGGCUCACCGGCCUCGUCACCGAUCAGAGUGUGGCUAUGUCCGGAGAUACGCGGGGCCCUUAUGGACACAAUCCGUAGACGCCUGAUAUACGAGUCGGAGCAGGUGCUCGGCCUCGAAAAGGAGUUGGGCGAGACAUGGGCCAUUUUGGUCGAGUUCAGCAAGUGCGUCCAGAACGCCAAGACCGAUAUCGAAUACGUUUUGGCAAUGAUCCGAACUGCUGCCGCGACACUCGAAAAGGAUUUCCACGAGUAAGCGGCAGAGUGGCAGAGCAGGCAGAGACAAGGACGAAGAAGACCGAGCAGCCCAAGACAGUGAUGCCAGAAAAGUUUACGGUAAAGCAAAAGAUGUCCCAAAAAUUAAAAUGAACUAAAUUCUUGUCAGCAAAUAAAUCGAAUUUCCCAUGUGAAGGAAUAUCGUUGAA